GUCGCUGUCAAACACCAAAUCGUGGGAAGACGCCUGUCACUAGGCUCGCCUUUGGAGUUUCAACUUGACUAGCACAGGCCAUCCUUCUCAUCCUUCCACCAUCGUUGCUUGCAGCGAGCAGCUGUGGCAGGAAUUUAAUAGACCUAAUUAUCAAAACGAAACUCGGUUUCAAAAUUUCAUCGAAUCACACUCAUUUAAAUUUACUGUUUCUCUUUUCUGCAGUCUGCAGAUCAUGUUCUUAGAUACCAGACAAUGUGUCACUUGCCCUACAGCUCCCCCAUCUUGCACUUGCUCGGCUGAUCAGAGCUGCAUCCAGAUAACUAGAACUUGUAAUGCCUGCCCAACAUCUACUUGUCAGGCAAAGACCACCGCUACUUCUAGUAACAAUGGGGGUGUCAGCUCAGGUGCACUUGCAGGUGCAGUCAUUGCCAUCGUUCUGGUCCUUGUAGGAGCUUUGGUACUCUAUUUCUGGUACCGUCGUCGUGCCAGUUCCCGUAAGGCCCUAGAGCAGGCACAGGAAACCAAGGACGAAGCCCCCGCCCCUGCAGAAGCAGUUCUCAAUCGGCCAGAUCCAACUGAAAAGCCGCAGCCACCGAUGCCUUCCGACCCCAAUACUGUUAGAGUGUUCGUUUCAUCGUCAGACAGCGUCAUCGACCUCGAUCCGCAGUCCCGGGGUCCAUCCGCGACCGGCACCGCCUCUCUCAACGUACCUACUACUCAACCUAAUCCCUUUGACGAUGGUAACUCUAUACAGACCACAUCGACGGGUACAAAUGGCACAAACGUUAUCCCUAUUGCCCUGGUAUCCCCCGGCUCUGCGUCAGCUGAUUCUGUGACACCUUCAUGGCCUUCAGGAUCUGCCGCAACCUCUUCUCCUGUCCGGCCUGCUCGGGCACCCGACCUGUCCUUGAAUGACAAUGCUUCUGCAGUGUCUGACCAAUCUUUGCGUACUCCAAACCCGGGUUACGCACAGAGUCAGCGCUCAGGAUCGUCGAGGAUGUCAUACAUGUCAAACGCAAGUUAUUCUAGCGACUUCCUCAAUGAAGCACCGAUGAUUAUCACGCAAGGCCAAGGUGUUCGGCAGGUUGUGGGAGUCGUUAAAGCAGAAGUCAUUCAAACCUCUGGUCCAUCCACACCAGUAUCAUCGCAUUUAUCCGUGAACAGUAUUCCGUCGGUUGUUUCUCGCCCUUCGAUUCGUUCACCCCUUGCAGCCAGCUCUUUUGGCCCUGCUGAUGCCUUGGAUGAGACAGAGGAAGAACAUAAUACAUCGCAGCGCACCGACCCGUUCGGGGAUCAUCACGAAUUCGAAGUCCACGGUGACAUCUCAAACCAACCACGUCCAGUGUCGGAAGUUUCUCUCCAAUUACCCCGUCUCCCGUGGUCCACCAAUAACGGAGAGAGUCGUCCAUCCAGCAUCAGCACUCAGGCCGGGUCUAUCAUAGAUAUUAGCAGUGCUACGCGUGUCAAUGUUGGACUACUGUGCCCAAAGAACCCCGACAAGUCGCCCAGGACAACCAUGGGUAGACUGGUAUCACCGGCCUCGGCGCAGACUUCCCGCCAGCCAACAUCCCUUGAGGAACAGCAGCAAUUAGCUUUGGCACACGCACAUGCACAAGCCCGCGCCCAGGGCUUGGAUCGCAAGCGAAUCUCAGGCUGCUCGGUUGUUUCUGCCACCUCAACGCGGGCAGAUUCUAUUCUCGAGUCAUUCCCUUUCGUCCCUCCUUCGCCCAUUUCAUCACUUCCUGUCCGUUCUCCGCCGCGUUCUCCUCUGCACCAACGGUUCUCUGCUACACAGUCACAGCCCCCAGUCUUUGAGGGAGCAUCUCUUUCACCAUCCCCUGCACAGGUGCAGGAUACCACCCCUUCAGACGGACUGUCCACAGUUUCUCAGGUUUCCACGGCAUCAUCUGGUCUCGGACCAUUCCCAUUCCAGAUUGAUUCUGGAAGUCAUGACGGUAGCACAGCACCAUCUGCUUUUCAAGGACGUCAAAGAGCCAGCUUGGACACGCUUGCAUUGAUGAGCGAUUUGUCUUCAUAUCCUCUUAGCUACGACCGGGAUGAACGAGAAAGCUUUUCUCGACAAAUUACUAAGGGUUGAAGAGCCAAGAUCUGUGUGCUCUCAAUGUGGACGCCAUGUUUCUGGACCGCUUCGACCAGCUGGCCUGACGGGGUUGUGUUAGGGUUGUGUACAUGAACUGUUGUAUUCUGGGCUUCUUCCUGCUAUACUUGGUAUGGGCUUUACUGCUCUCGGUUUUUUGGAAGGUUUUAUCUAGGUAGUGCUCACAAUUUUACUUGCUAAGUUCUGCUUCUUCGCUGAACGAUUUUCUUUUUACGAAGGAGUUUUAUUCUUCGGUCUGCGUUGGUCAUUUAUUUAUACAUUUUUAUGUUUUAGCUGCAAUAUUGGCUAAUCCCGUCUUGUGACAAAAAUGUCACAUUGCAAUAUCAUCACACCUUUGAACUCGAUAC